GGAAGAGAUAUUUGACAAACAUAGGUCGGGUUGUGUUGUUCAUGUCUUUUCCGUUUUCUUUAAUUACCGGAAAAAUCAUUGACAAAAGUGCCGUCUUCUUUGUAAGUUCAAAUCGGAUCAUCAGUGCCACCCAUUCUUUCUGGUUUCCUCAUCGACAAAUGUUUUUCUGAAGUCGAUGACAACAAAAAUGCCUCAAAUUACUGUUCUGGCCUUCUCCAGUAAAAUUAGUUUGUUGGCAUUUUCGUUCGUCCUUUUCUGUACAUUGACGGUGAAGCACUGGCACAGUGUGAUUGGAGAUGCAUGUUGAUGAUGGUAACCUUAGCGGUGGUAUAUUGACUAUCGAGCAUCGAGUCGGCCGCCCCCUUGCGUGCAAUGCAUGUACGUCUAAUCAUCAAAGUCCAAGUAGUAGAAUUUUUGACUUGCGUGUUUGGAUGUAAUCGGAUCCCUGAGACCGAGAGUAAGAUGCUCUACAGAGAAGUUUGAAGACAAUUGUGACAUCAGCAAUUUAGUUCUCAUCGCAAGAAUUCUACGAGAACGUCGCUUGCAGAUGGUGAAGGGCUUUCCUCAGAGCCCCGCUUGGCUAUAAAGAUCACUUUCAUCAGCACCAAGAAAGCAUAGAAUUUCGCUAAAAGCAAGAAAAUGAGUGAGAAAGAGAGAGCACAUUUCGUGCUCAUUCAUGGCGCUUGUCACGGGGCAUGGUGCUGGUACAAGCUGGUGACGCUGUUGAGAUCCAACGGUUACAAAGUCACUGCCCUUGACAUGGCAGCCUCUGGGGUCAAUCCCAAACGACUGGAAGAGCUCAAUUCCUUCUCAGAUUAUGCUGAGCCACUGAUGGCAUUCAUGGCGGAUUUACCAGCAGAUGAUAGAGUGAUCCUGGUCGGUCACAGCAUGGGAGGAGUGAUCAUAUCUCUCGCCAUUGAAAAGUUCCCCCAAAAGAUUGCUGUUGCUGUUUUCCUCACUGCAUUCACUCCUGCUCCUCAUCUCCCCAUUCGCACCAUGGCUGAAGAGUAUAAUAGAAGAUUGGAUUCUACCAUGGACAUCCAACAUGGGUUUGAGAACGGAGAAGACAAACCUCCUACCUCACUCCUCUUUGGCCCCAAGUUUUUGUCUACCAAAUUGUAUCAACUGUCCCCUCCGGAGGAUUUGGCGCUGGCAACCUUUUUGGUCAGGCCCAUAGCACUGUUUGCCGAUGCAAAUUUGUCAGAAGUCAUCGCACUCACGGACGAAAAUUACGGAGCUGUUCGUCGUGUUUAUAUUAUUAGCGAUAAAGACAACGUGAUAAAGGAGGACUUGCAGAGAUGGAUGAUUGAGAAGAAUCCAGUCGAAGAAGUGGAGGAGAUUUAUGAUUCGGAUCAUAUGGUCAUGUUAUCCAGGCCAUUAGAGUUGUGCUCUUGUUUGGAACGGAUUGCUGGGAAAUUCGCCUGAUGCUAAUUGGCACCAUCUUUUUUGUUUUUUUUUGGGGAUGUGGCGGUGGACGAGAUGGCAUGAUCUCCAAAGUCGGCCAACUCAUAAAUAAAUUUGCAUUGUGUGUCUAUCAAUCGAUGAAGAUUCCUAC